UUUUCAUAUGUCAGCGAUUUACUUUUUGGUUAAAUUUUUUGCAGCGUCACAAUAUUAUGCAUCACUUCUUGUUUAUGUAUUGCGUGUCAAAAGAAGUUCUUAGCAAUGCAUAUUACUAAUCAAAAAUGAAGUUUUGAUAUAUUUACGAUAGGAAGUUUACUGAAUAUCUUCAUGGAACAUGAUCUUUACUUAAUAUCCUAAUGCAUAAAUUAAGAAAAAUUAAUAAUUUUGACCCAUACAAUGUAUUGUUGUCUAUUGCUACAAAUGUAUCUGUGAUACUGAUGACUACUUCUGUGCUUCAGGGACACAUAUGUCAGCGUUUUACUUUUUGGUUUCAUUUUUGCAGCAUCUCUAGUUUAUUUAUUGCAGGUCAGCUUUACUGUUUAAUUAUUUAUAAAUAUCUCAUUCCCCAUUGUACUUAAGUAGAUGUAUGUUUAGCCAUAAUAACGCAGUUGUGUUAAUAUUACAUAAGUUUAUUAAUCUAUAUAUUGUUUACUGCAAGCAUCAGCGCUCGUAUGUGCGCGCGUUUGUCGUCUGUCUGGGAAAGCGACGUGACGCUUCGCGUGUGUUAAAGCGGGACACGCGUUUUAAAGAGCUCGCGGUGCUGAUUCAUCACGAUCGGGGCUUCCUCACACACACACACACACACACACACACACAGCCAUGAUGACAGCGAGCAGACAAAGGGCUCUUCGAUACACACUCACACACCCCGAUCCGUGAUCAGUCGCCGGUUCUGAUCGGUUCUCAUCGGCUCUGAUCGUCGCUUUCCAUUUGAAACGCUUGCAGAAAUCAUUCGGCUCGCGUUAUAUUUAUAGAGAGAGAGUGUGUGAGUGCGUGUGCGUGUGUGUGUGUGUGUCUCCUCUAGUCAGCCAGAGGUUACACAGCCACACAAACGCGCGGAUCCGUGAGGAACCGAACCUGCAGGUUCAUCGGAACCGGAUCGAGAUCUGCGUGGCUUGGCAGCGGUUCCUCGUGGCAUGACGACCACUAACAAAGGAAACAAGGCCUUGAAGGUGAAGAGGGAGCCCGGUGAGAACGGGACGAGCCUGACGGACGAUGAGCUGGUGUCCAUGUCGGUCCGCGAGCUCAACCAGCACCUGCGCGGCCUGACCAAAGAAGAGAUCCUUCAGCUGAAGCAGCGCCGGCGGACACUGAAGAACCGGGGCUACGCCGCCAGCUGCCGCGUCAAGCGUGUCACGCAGAAGGAGGAGCUUGAGAAGCAGAAGGCGGAGCUUCAGCAGGAAGUGGAGAAGCUGGCUUCAGAGAACGCCAGCAUGAAAGUAGAGCUGGACGCGCUGCGCUCCAAAUACGAGGCUCUGCAGAGCUUCGCAAGAACUGUGGCCCGAGGGCCCGUGGCCCCGGUUUGUAACCCCCGCGGGCCCUUGUCCUCCGUCAUCGGGCCCCUCAUUCCCGGGAAGGUUGGAGCCACCAGUGUUAUCACGAUAGUCAAAUCGAAAACCGACGCGAGGUCUUAGUAGCGCACAGAGAGCAAGGGUUGGUCAGUGCAUGAGGGUUUAGGUGCGGGAUGCUCGUUUCACAGCAGACUGAUGGAAAACCUCUUCGGUACUCUCUAAUGUGGGCUUCUUCUGGGUUACGAAAGAAGGAAAGCACAUCUAGGACGGUCAAUCCACUUGGGCUUCCAAAAAGAUCUCCAAAUUCCGAAUCGAAAACCAUGCAGCCAAAUUUUCCUGGUGGAUGUGUGUUGUAUUGCUGUGAGAUUUGUAAUUUUGUAAAAUCAUCGGCGACUUUCUAUCGUGCGUUUCACAUGGGGUCCAAGUGUUUCCUUUGUCAUUGUAAUAUUGUACUUUUUAUACAGUGUUUGUGUUGAUUUCCUCUUCGUAUGUGCUGUUAUGCGCCAUUUUUCCGUCCUUUUGUUUUUUUACGGACUGCAGGCACAAAACACUUUAAACCGUUCAGACUUCCAAACUCUUCCGCCGUCUGAAGGAAAAGCUUUCUGAGGUAGGAGAGUAUCAGCCAAUGAGAAGCUCCCUUUACCUGAGCCUCAUUAUGCACUGACCAAUCGCUGACGGGCAGGAGGAGAGGAGGCGGAGUCAAAUCAGCUGAUGUUGUUCAUAUGGUAGCUAUCAGAAUAUCUGUCACCAGUUUAUGUGCUCCAGUCGUCCCGUUCAGGACAGAAGAUCGUUUUAUUGGCAACGCAGUAACAGGUUUAUGUUAUGUGAUGUAUUAUGUUGUUUAUUUCACGCUGAAGUUGAUCAUGUCUGUCGUUAUCUAUAAAUCCAGAGAGAUUUAACUUUUUGUGUUCUGUGCCAGACUAAAAACAAGAGAAAAACCCCAAGUUUCUGUUUUUGAGGGACGGACUGUUGGGUGACAUAAACUGGUGAAUCCCACAAGCUUUACCAUAACUUUGUUGCUGUGACAUUGCGUAACGUAUUCUAAGAAUCUUUGUCUAUAUGGUGGAGUCUUGAAUUUAUAUAUAUAUAUAUAUAAAGACAGAGUACCUUGCAUUAUUUAUAAAACAUUUAAAAAAGAAAUAUAAAGUUGUUUGAUAGCUCUCUUUUUUGCAAUUGUACCAAAAGUGGCUUAACUAUUGAAGUCAAUAGCUUUUUCUAGUGGCUAGGCGCGUCAAACUGUGGACUAGCGCGUGUGGUGUGAUUUGUACUGGUGAGGUGGCGAUGUGUUGUUUACGACGUGGAUGUGAUGCUCUUAUCUUCUGAUUUCAGUCGAAUGCGUGCGAUGAGCGCCGCUUACCCAGAAUCCCCUCUGAGCGUUUGUGUGCUCCAUGUUUAAGUGGACGGGACACGAACACGGGGAUCUCUGGGACGCGGCCACAUCGCCUGCGUUUGAGUCCUUUUAUGUGACGUGUGUUUAUAUAUUUUUGGGUGUAAAACGUUUUUAUGAUAUAUUUGUUGGUGUUUUUUUCUUCUUUUUCUGGUUGUUUUCUUUAAAUGCCAGGGAAGUGACUCUGUCUGCACUGGUUUAAACCAGCGAUGUGCUUCACGCUGGGACGCUGCUCAAAAUAUUACUUUUCUCAACAUUUAAAACUAAAAAAGAGCUGUCCGGAAACAUUUCAGGAUGCUAUCUGCGCUAUUAUUUUUCUUCUUUUUUUGGCCAAAUUGUUUGUCCAUUAAUAAAAAAAGUAAAGCUCAGAGCUGUUGUAAUGGUGCACUCACAUCUCUAUAGAAUUACUGUAAUUAUUAGACCGUUACAGUUCGCAAAUUGCAAAUUGCAAUGCAUGAAGCUAAAGAAAUAUGUGGUGCCUCGCACAAUCAGUCAAUCAGUUAAAUUACAGGAACACAUGAACACGAGCAACAUUUCAGUCAACUGAUGUCCCUCAGGCUUACAAACCAUCAGUUAAAUUCAGUGCAAUCAGCUGCUAGUAACACAUCGCCAUGCCUCAGACUAAAUUAAACACAUUUACAAAAAUCCACAUAAAAAAAUAAAUGUAACUAAGCUGAUUGUACUCAAUUCAAGUGACACCUUUGCAUGUUUUGUGAGCCUGGGAAAGGUUGAUUUGCCAAAAUGUUGCAAAAUUUCCAUGAUUAUGCAAACUUGAGUAGUGUGCAUGAUUUAUGCUUUUUAAUUUAUAAUGCAUUUAAUGCUAAAAUGAAUCUUUGUGUUGCUUUGUUAUUGUUGUGGUUGCAAAGUGGUGGAAUAUUUCCUGUACAUUUUUCGAAAACGUUCCAAAAAACUGCUGGAUAGUUUAUAAAAUGCAUUUAAAUUUUGUUUAUAAAUUUAUUUAAAAAAAAAUAAAUAAACAUUUUAUAAAAUAUCCAGCAUUUUUUAAAAACUUUUUUUAAAAUGCAUAUAAAUUUUGUUUAUACAUUUAAAAAAAAAACAUUUUAUAAAAUGCUGCUUUUGCGCACAACUAGACUCUAAAUGAUAUUUUAAAUGUGUUGCAGAAUCUUCUAUUUUGCCUGUUUCUUAACAUGACGUCGCAAAAUCUUUAGUAAAGAUGUGAUGUUUGUCCCUCCGAAGCUGAUAUUUGCAGUAAUAUUUAAAUAUGAUGUGAACGCAACAUUAAUGCUCUGAAAAAUGAUUUAUUACCGCACGAGGUUCUUUAUCGUUUCGUCUAAUCUUGACAAUCUGCACUGAUCUGGCAUUUUAAGAACGGAUUCGUUGUAGGUAUAUUUGUGCGACUUUUUUUACUUAUUUCUCGAUGUAAAUCAACAGAAAUAUCUUCCUCUGACUGGCUAAUCUGUGAAAUCGUUUCGUAACCAAGUCUUCGGCAUUGCUUUCGUAACCAAUGGUAGCGUUUCUCCUAUCGGCUGUGGUGGUUUUGUGGCGUUUCUAUAGGCGAUGUAUCGAACGGUUUUGAAGACAAAAAAAUGUCUAGCUUCCUCUCAAACGAUGAUGAUGAUGAUGAUGUGAUUAUCGUUGCGUGUCGGUGUGUCAGGUAGCACUAAUGCCCAAUAAUGAUGCUCCUGAUCAUGUGAUGAACUUCUCUUCCACGAGGAGCGGCUCGUUCACGUUUGUUGUCGUUAUGGUCGUCGUGGUGCUUUGGUGUUAAAAGUGAACUAUAUGCAAAUCAGAUGGCGGUAGGGAGGGGUCACGACCUCUCGGUAGGAAUCUAGUUUUCUGUCCUUGAAGAUGUCGUCCGUGAAUAAUCGCAGCGAUUGAUGAUGAGCGCUAGAUUUACCCAACAAGAGCUCUGAAACCCAGCGUUUAGAAACAGUGCCAUGUCCCACGAGGCCAACACACUGCAAAAAAUCACACAAAUAUGUCCCUGGAGCACAAAACCAGUAGAAAUAGACAACUAUACAUUGUAUGGGUCAAAAUUAUACAUUUCUCUUUUAUGCCAAAAAUCAUUAGGAUAUUAAGUAAAGAUCAUGUUCCAUGAAGAUAUUUAGUAAACUUCCUACCGUAAAUAUAUCAAAACUUAAUGUUUGAUUAGUAAUAUGCAUUGCUAAGAACUUCAUUUGAACAACUUUAAAGAUGAUUUUUCUCAAUAUUUAGAUUUUUUUGCUCCCUCAGAUUCCAGAUUUAUAAUAGUUGUAUCUCAGACAAAUAUUGUCCUCCGAACAAACCACACAUCACUGGAGAGAUCAUUUAUUCAGCUUCAGAUCAUGUAUAAAUCUCAAUUUAAAAAAAAACUGAGCCUUAUGGGGUUUUGUGCUCCUGGGACACGUAUUAGCUUAAAUACUUCAGUGACUUGGUUUUGAUAUGUCUGAAAAUAAUGCUUAAAAUUUUAAGUGAGUUUAUAAUUAAGACAUGGACAAUUAGAAUACCAACUUAGUUUAAAGAAAUAAGUACAUUUUUAAUUCACUAUUGGCAGAUAUUUUAUUAUUGUUUUAAGAAUAAACUCACUUAAGAUUUUAAGUCUCAUUUUUAAAAAACAAAAAACAAAAUUAAAAGUUUGAGAUAAUGUUUUUCUUGUUUUAAGCAUAAACUCACUUAAAUUUGAUGAAAAUAGAAAAUAGGGCUCCAAAUCUUAAGUGAGUUUAUGCUUAAAACAAGAAAAAAUUAGGUAGAACUCUUAAUUUUUGCAUCUUUUUUUAUAAAAUGAAACUUAAAAGUGAGCUUAAAACAAGAAUGAUUAGAAAAAUCAACUUCUUGUUUUAAGCAUAAAAUUACAUAAUUUUGAUACAUUUCUUACAAAAUAAGAUACAGUUUAUGGAGUUUAUGUUUACAACAAGAAGAAAAAAGCAUAAACUCAUUUAAUUGUAUGAUUUUUUUCAGAAAAUAAAACUAAAGCACUUAAGUGAGUUUGUGUAAAUCAAGGACUCGUGUGUCAAGAGGGUUGGAAAAAUAAACUUAAAUCAAAAACAAUUUUUUUUGGUUUAUGCAUAACUCACUUAAUUUUGAUGUGGAUAAAAAAAAAAUAGAAGUGAGUUCAUGCUUAAAACAAUAAAAUAAAAGGUCAGACUCUCUUUUAUUUUUAUAAAACCGUUUUUGGUUCCACAAAGUUUAAAGAAGCAUCUCUUUUAACGUUUUAUAAUCUGAAGAACCUUCUUCCUCCACAAUGAAGCUCCCGUGAAACAGAAAGGCUCUUCAGAUGUUAAAGGAUCUUUAUGGAAAAAGCCCGAACUUCCUUUGAAUCCGUGGCUUUGUCCUACUUCUCCCCCAAACUCUCAGACUCCACAUUAUCUUGACUUUUAUUCGUUCUUGUGUUCCUGCUCAUUCUCUCUCCCGAGCCUCGUGGGAUGUGCGUUAAACCUUUCAGUUCAGGUUGAAGAAAGAUUAGUGUAGGAUCUUCUUCAGAGCUCUUCAUCUGCUGCUAAACGCAUGGGUUUCAGUCACUUUUCCUUGACUCUGAUCAAUAAAAUGAGGAAAGAGCACUGUUUAAGAUCUCUUAAGGUGAAAUAACAUUAUCUUAGAUGUACUUCAGCUUCUUAAUAUUCUCCAAUCAAACUUUUCCCCCUUAAAAAGCUCUCGGUCAAAAAUAUCAAGCUAUAAAUUGCUGUGGAUUUUUUUGUCUAAAAAAAUAAAAUGAUUUCUUCUGUUGUUUUUCUGUAUGGGGUGUAUUAAAUUAAGAUAUAGUUCUUCGUAUGGGAAAUAUAGAUGCCGUGAAAGUCCAUUUAAUUGUAAGUAUUUAUCAACUAAGUUAUUGUACUUUGUAGAUAAGUAAUAUAAUGUAUUGGUAUAUAACGAUGAACUUAACUGUAUCAGUCAGUCUGGGGCGUCUUUAAUUUAUUGAUGUAUAUACUGUAUGUUUGUUGAUAUACAGCUUACUUUAUUUUGUAUAUGACUAAUAAAUACAUUUUGAAAAACA